UUUGCGUCAGAACCUGUGCACCAGUGUGUGCAAGAUUCACCCAAGACACUUCUCCUCCUACCUUCCCUCUCAUUUAUCAUACUCAUUUGACAUCUUCAUACAAGACAUAAAAGAAAAUAAAUUCAUCUCUCAUCUACAGUCAAGGAGUAGGAAGGUCUACGAGUCGAAAAUAGAGACUGGCACGUCGACCUCAAGCAACAUGAAGUCCUUGGCGUGUGGACUCGGUCUUCUCCUUGUGGCAACGCUAACAGGGGCGGCCCAUGAGUGUGAGAGGGAGUGUGUGGCCGGGGAUACGAGGACCUGCCAGUACAGGUUCAACUUACAGGAUUACCACAGUAUGAGUCGCGCGUGUUUCGACUGUCCCAUCAACAUGACCGAUUGUUUCCGCCCGGAGUGUGUGUCUGCUGACGGUGUCGCUGUACCCAUCCUAACCAUCAACCGUCGACUGCCAGGACCAGACUUACAGGUGUGUGAGGGACAGGGGGACAGGGUGGUGGUAGACGUAUACAACUGGCAGCUGUCGGACACUGAGACCAUACACUGGCACGGUCAACACAUGAGAGGUUACCAGUACUUCGAUGGCGUCCCCUUCAUCACCCAGUGCCCCAUCAUGGGUGGCAUCUUCCGCUAUGACUUCAUCGCUGGCACACCUGGCACUCACUGGUGGCACUCUCACUCAGGUCUUCAUCGUGCUGCUGGGGUGUUCGGGGCCAUCGUGGUGCGACAGGCGGACGACCAACAGGCCGAGCUGUACGAGAACUCCCCCGAACACGUGAUAAUAAUGCACGACUGGAUCCACACUUCCGUAUACGACAAGUACUUCGGCCACUACCACUACACCGUCGAUGACUACGUCCAUAACAUUCUUAUCAACGGCAAAGGGAGACUGUGGAAGGGUGAGAACGAGCCAGCUAUGCCCCUGGAAGUAGUGAAGGUCGCCCCCAACCAGCGCUAUCGCCUACGACUUAUCAACACCGAAGGUCUCAAUUGCCCGAUGGUGGUGAGCGUUGAUGACCACAGACUCACCAUCAUCGCUUCUGACGGUGAUCCUAUCGUCCCCUACGUCACCGACUCCCUGGUGAUGUAUUCCGGUGAAAGGUUCGACGUGGUGUUAGAGGCGAAUCAGCCCGUUGACAACUACUGGAUCAGGUUCAACGGACUCAUCAUCUGCGAGCAGCUGGAGUGUGUACAGGGCGCAGUGCUGAGGUAUGAAGGGGCCGCUGAGGAGGACCCAACAGCUACCCUCUCCUACGACUCGUCUUACCCUCCCGGCGUGGUGGUGAAUCCCCUCAACACAGGUGGACACAGUGAGGAGGAGGUCACAAUGGCUGAAUUGACUGCCCUCAACCCCACCGUCUUGGAGGAGGUGGUCGACAAGAAGUUCUAUCUCGGUUUCAACUUCAACCAGAUCAACGACCUGAUCUUCUAUAACCCUGAACUCUAUCCUUUUGACGGAGUGGAUGAAAAGUGGCAGGUCAACACUCCACAGCUGAAUAACAUCAGUUUCCUGUUCCCUCUUUCACCUCCGCUCUCUCAGCCUGAUUCACCCAACCCUACCAUGUGUCUCUAUGGUGAGGAGCCACCGUGUGAGGAAGGCUACUGCUCCUGCACCUACGUGUUAGAGGUGGCAUUGGGAGACACAGUGGAGAUCGUGUUGAUUGAUGAGGGUAAGAUAGGAGCAGAGAACCAUCCCUACCACCUACACGGCUACAACUUCUAUGUGGUGGGCAUGGAGCGCCUCGGCAGCGAGACAUCUGUGGAGGAGGUAAUGGCUCUAGAUGCUGCUGGAGGCAUCAAACGUAACCUAAAGGACGCCAUCAGGAAGGAUUCAGUCACCAUCCCUGACGGUGGCUACACCGUCGUCAGGUUCACGGCGGACAACCCUGGCUGGUGGUUGAUGCACUGCCAUUUGAUCUUCCACUCUGAGAUCGGUAUGGUAGCUGUCCUGCACGUAGGAGAUCCCCAGGACCUACCGCCUGUUCCCGAGGGCUUCCCCACCUGUAGCUCCUUCCUUCCAGAAGUAUAGAAACCUUUCUUUCCUUCACGGAAGACCUGUAGGACCUUCCCUCCUCCUUAACAUUGCGGCACUAAGAACCUCCUGACGAUUCAUGUUUUCAUAUACAUUGUUAAUCGCUCUGUGUUUCCCUCGACCCCCCUCCACCUAUCUUAUAUACUCCCCCUCUACCUGAUAAGCGUUCGUCAACUCCCCCAGUUAUAUCCUCUGUCGUUUUGACUCCCUCUUAUUAACUACGGUCUAUCGUCUCGCUCCCGUCCAUGUUCGACAAACUCUUACUACCCGUUCUCGUAAACAGAACUUGUAUUUGUCAAUCUUCCUCUACACCUCUCAAUACUUUUGUUGUUUAUCCUACACUUAUAAAUUUUGACAAUAAACUUGUAAGUAAAUC